AUGUCGCCGCGCACGCCAGGGAAAGCCUCCCGCCCAGGGGCCGCCAGAAGGCGGCGUGGGAGACGGAAGUUAACCCCGAGAUCGCCCCUGUCUCUCCUGGCCCAGACUCGCAAAAAUAGCGUCGUGAAGAAACGUGAUCGCGGCGACGUGGUCAGCAGCACCAAGACUAAACUUACGGAGCGCAGGAGUAAACCAGGGAGAUCAUCCAGACUGAAUCUCCUUCCACUGUCGACCGAGCCAAGAGAAAAGAACUGUUUUAGACGGGAUGUAUCCCCUGCAAACUACCGAUUCGUCCCCAAGGGCAACAUCUACAUUACUCGCAAUUGCCGAAAACUGACAAAGGAGUCUGGCCGGGUUGUCUACGUGGUUUAUGACGAUAGAGGCAAGAACACUCUUGGCCUACGUGUUCCAGUCGAUAUUCACGAAGCCGUCCUCCGAUUAGCGGACGAAACGGCUCACUCUCGCGCUCAAGCUAUUCAAGUACGUGACGAGAAAGAUUCGGCGCAAGCCCGUCAGCUCUUACGCGCCCAGUUUCCCUUGAUGCCUGAUGAGUCACUGGACACUAUCUUAGAACAUGCCUUUCUCAAGGGCUCUGGUCGCGUGGGCCGGACAUCCAGGUUAUCAGAUGAAGACAAAGCCAAGUUGGCCGUAGAGGCUCACAUCAGACACACCCAUACCAGCUACGAAGCACUCCUGAAGGCUGGGAAGACGCGCGGUGAAGCUCGUCAAGCGUCUAAGGAGAUGGUUCAGGCUAUCAGGACCGCAUGGGCAGGUGGCAAUGUAGAGCCAACGGAUUGUUUGACUAUGCGCGAUCGAGUGAUUGUGAUUGAUUAA